AUGGGAAACUCAGAGACAGAGCUGGAGGGGAACAUCGAGGAGGCCGGAAAACGGCUCCAAGACGCUCCCCAGUCCGUGGACGACCUCCUUCCGCUUCUAGACGUAAGCCCUAAUCUUCUCCCUCCCUCCGUUCCCUUCCGCCUACUCUCUCCGUACGCUUUUCUUUUUUUUUAUGUAAAGACCGUGCUGGGGUGGGUUAAGUCAGACUUCAUCUACAAAUUUUACAUUUUACUCCACUGGUCCUUGAAUCGUUCUCUCCCACAUUUUCAUUUCUUCCUUACUUAUAUUUGGAGGUAUUUCGUGUUUAGAUUACCCGAUUAUGUACUUUUGGGUUUCUGGUGGACCUAUUGAUUUGUUCCUACCGCGUUUAAACUUCAGAAGCUACCUCGUCCAAAGGCUGUCGCGUUUUCGGAUUUGGAGUUACACCGAAAUUACUUUUUGGUGUAAGCUUCCACUUCAGGAGAUCGUUGACUCCCACAAUACUCGACGUUUAUAAGAAUUACCUUCUGAAAACAAUGACCAGUCCAGCAAGUGCGAGAAGAUUUUGCACAAGUUCCACGGGAUUGGAGUGAAUCUUGAUGUUCCUGAUCAUGGAGUCGUGGACAUUUGACGUGAAUGGUUGAGUACAAUUGGGCGGAAACUCUUUCAAAUCCUCUGGAAGAGUCGUGAAUGGAAGAACCUACAAAUCAAUAUUUGAACCUCGCAUAGGAAUAAGAAAAAACAAUCUUUCACGGUCACAAUGCUUCCUUCUUUUUCCUAACCUACAAAUUUUGUUUCUUCCGAUUUUUCCUUUAGCUUGUCACUCUUUAUGCAUAGCUUCAGGAGAAAUGUCGAGUUACAGUCUUGGAUUGGUGUAGGAAUCGUUCAUUCUUUUGGGUCUACGACUCAGAUAUGAAGGCACAAUCAGCUGAUUGCUAAUUGAUUAUAUGGGAGGACUUAGCAUGUUAACUAGUUGGCCUCUCUGGCUUUGGAGUGUUUCGACUUGCUUCUCAUAGGAAUGGAAGUAGUGGAUCCGGGGGUUAACCUUGAACAAAGGAGUAAGCACUAUUUUAUGGCUGGUGUGUUGAAGAGUAUGACUUUGGAUGAUGAUCAACAAAUUGUACUUAGCAAAGCUGAUUCACUGGAAUUUCUUCUAAGCGAUGCAUCAAAUGGAGGCAACAUUCAAAUGGAUUAUUGGUCAAAGGAUGGUGACCACCACGCUUAUAUUUCUUUUGAUAAUAUCAAACUAGAUUAGUCUUGUUAUGGCGUGGGAAUAGUUUUUUUUGAAAAAGGUAGUUCCUAUCUCACAUAUUCCGUUGACUCUGUAUUAUUUUCAGGUUUGUAGUGACAGUGUAGCUUAGUAGAUUAUUUACUCAGGAAAUCAGCCUAAAUGCACAAUGAAUGACGAAAGAGACGAUUUCUGGAGAUAGACAUGGGGAGAUGUCCAAACAGGCUCUAUCAAGAUUUUACCAAAGUUUUUGGGACUCUGUCAUUUAAAUAUUGUGGAAAUGGUGGAUAAUUUGUAAUGGGUUCAUAUUUUAAGUAUAUGAAUGCUUCUUUACUUGCUCUUUACAGAAGAGGGACAUUGAUUGAUUACCCUCUGGGGUAUUUUGCGACAAGAUUCCAUGAAAAGAAAAGGAAUAUAAAGAAAUUAAAGAAAAUGAUGAGCUGCAUUCUGGGAAAUGCGAAAACAUGGUAACUUUACGAUAGUGAAACAGUGCCAACAUGAUUAGAAAACACUAAAGAAUAAAGCUGUUGUUAGAAGAUAUAUCUUGGAAAAUCUGUCGAUUGAACUAGUUUGACAUAUCCUUCAAACAAGACUUCCUAUGGUAAAGUUUUGGACGAAACAUGUGGAGUAAAUCAAGAAUUGUCUCUGUAUUUUUUUUUUUAAAUAAUGUGCGUUUGACAUAUGUCAGGUGUAGUGCGCUCUAAAGGAUGGACUUGUUUAAGUAUUGUGUAUGCACUGUUAUGCGCUUGUUUAUGGCUUUGGGGUAAUCUUCCUAAUGUUAGAAAAUGAAGUUAGAUGGUACUUUUCUGCAAUUAAUUUAACUUAAUUAGCGGAUAAAAAAACUCGGAAAAACAAAAAAAUUGUGUGCAAAUAUGACUCUUAUUUCUCUGGGUUCAAGAGAAGAUUGAGAUGGAAAGAAAGAAAGAAAUAAAUUGCAUUCAUUGUCUCCCAUUUGUUGCUGAUUCUAAUAAUGAUGGUUUAGAUUGCUGCCUAUUGAGGUUCUUGCUAUUUGGAACUGCCAUUAUCAUGAUUCGAUUUGGAGUUACUGUCAGCUCUAGAUGCUUGCCACUUAAGCCUACGGUUAUAACUUUGGAUGACUGCGACUUUUUUAAGAACAGAGUCUAGAAAUCGCUCAUAUUAUCUGGUAAUGGAUAAAGUCAGUCACAUGCCGGUGGUGACUUACUGAAACUCUUAUUGCAAAUCUGGGCAGUGUAGGCUGAGAGCGCUGUCAACAUUGUGAUGAGCCUAAUAGGUUCUAGUUGUAGCCACUUUUCACUGCUCAUCUUUAAUUUUUUUUCUAGAAAAUGCAAUAAAUUAUGAAAGAUCAUAAUCAUCGCCAUCUACUGAAUAUUAACUACUUGGGUAAUGGACGAAAGUCAAUAUAUCAUGUCGAUUGCUCAACCGUACUUUGGCUAUCUUACGUGGAGCUGAAUUUGGUUGUCAUUUCAUUCUAUCAUAUGUUAAAUGCAAGGUCAGUGUGCAUGAUUUCAAUUUAUUUAUAGUUUUCAAUACUUUUUUAGAGGUAUGACUAACUCUACUGUUGCACUCACUAUUCUUUAAAUGUUUCAGCAAUUAGAGUCUCUCUUGUCGAGAGUGGAACAGUCGCCCUCCCAGUCAAUGUUAAUUGCACUGCGUCCGGCAAUUAUGGGGCUGACUGCAAAGGAACUUCUGGAAAAUGUAGAUACAAAUGUGCACGUUGCUGUCACAACUUGCAUCAGUGAGAUCACCAGAAUAACAGCGCCAGAGGCUCCAUAUGAUGAUGACCUAAUGAAGGUUUUAACUAUUUUAUACUAGAAAUAUUCACAAUAUCAUUUUUUAGUUACUGUUAUGUUUUACGGUUUUAAAAUUACUUAAAAUAUUUAAAUCUUGUUUUUUUUAGGAGAUCUUUCAAAGGAUCGUUCAGUCUUUUAGAAAUCUAGAUGAUAUGUCCAGCAGUUUGUACCCAAAAAGAGUUUCAAUUCUGGAAACUGUAGCGAAGGUCAGGUCAUGUGUUGUGAUGCUGGACCUUGAAUGUGACUCAUUAAUUCUCGACAUGUUUCAUCAUUUCCUGAAUACCAUCAGGUAAUGAAAGUUUAUUUUAAUUUUUUAAAUUGACUGCAUUUCAUUAUAAAUUGCCUCGCUUUUUGUGUUUAUGUAGUUAUUGAAUCUAUUCAGGAGUAAAUUGACUGCAUGCAUGUGUUAUUGGUUUUAUCAUUGAAGCACUAAUUCAGACUGUGUAGAACAUGGUGUGAAUGUCAUGGUAUUAUGGUUUGAUUUGCUACACUUUACUUCAUGAUUCAAAAACUUAGUAAACUCUUUUGCGUAGCAGUUGAAUUAGUCACUGAGCUGCCAAACUUUGGAAGUUACAUGAACGGUGGUUCUGACCCGCGUUGCUUAUUUUUGGCUAUUCAUUUGAUUUGUCUUUUCUCAUUAUUGCCGUUAUUACCACAGAAUCAUCAAUGGUUGACCACUUUGAUUGAUGUUAGAAGUGUUAAAGUGAAUGUGAAAAUGGAAAUAUCAUGCCUUUUCCGGUGGUUAUAUGAACCUCUUGCUCAUCAACAUACGUAAUGAUUUUCCCUUCCUUCUUAAAAAAAGAUAAUAUAACUGAGAAUCUUAAGAUAAAUAAGAAACCUUAAUACUAAGUAUUACCGAUGGUAAAAAUUUUAAUGACCUCCUUCGGUGGGGUAGUUAUCGGAUUUUUUUGUUUAAACCCAGACGGAUCUUCAAAGCUAUAGAUUCCAAAUAUUAUCUGUUAUUGAGGAAAGUGUCGUGAUAAAACAAAUUUCCUGGUUUUUCCUUAGAGCAACAGUGUUUGUUAUUUCGGCCAUUCAAUUUAAAUAUGCUUGGUUAUUUCCACUUUUAUUCUUUUCUGCAAAACUUUGUUAGAGUUAGAACGUUGUACAUUUGUUGAUGAUGUUCUUCGUCCAGAACUUUGUUUUUUUAUUGGUUUGAUUUAUUAAACUUGUCCACGAGGUAAUCAAUGCCACUUCGGCAACUAUUUCUAUUUCCAACCUAGUUAUUUAUUUGCCAUGUUCAUCUAAUUUUGAUUGCAUAAACAAUAUUUGCUUAAACUUGACUAUUUUUAUUUUUGUUACUUUUACCUUUCACGAUUUUUGCAGUAAUUACUGUUUCCUUGUUUUGUUUCAAUCAUCUUUUUAAAUGUGGUAAAUUGGACAUGUGCAACUUGCAGGGAUAACCAUCCAGAAAGUGUUUUUACUUCAAUGGAGACAAUAAUGACAUUAGUCUUAGAGGAAAGUGAAGAUAUUUCACCAGACCUUCUUUCUUGCCUAUUGAUGAUCGUGAAAAGGGAUAAUAAGGUAUUUCUGUCCUUCUGCUUAGUUUCUUAUUUGAUCUCUUAGUUUUAUUGUAUUCUCUAACUCAAUUCACUUUUCCAGAGUAUUUUGCCAAUUGCACGGAAAUUGGCAGAAAAAGUAAUAGCAAAUUGUGCUUUGAAGUUAAAACCUUGCCUGAUGGAAGCAGUUCAGUCAAUUGGUGCUCCUUUGGCUGAUUACAGUAAAAUCGUUGCAGCAGUAUGUCAAGAGAGCUCCGAUGUGCUGGAGCAUAAUGGUGUAAAGGUUCGUGGCGAAUGCUCAAUGUGUAAACCUUUGCACCUUAAUAUUGAUGCUUAAUUCUCAAGUACAAUCGUUUAUGACAUCUUGUAAUAGAAGUUACUAAUCAACAGAGCAUUAUAGCUUUUUUUCCAAAAAUACCUAAAACUGUACCUGAACCAAUCAAUGCAUUUCUUUUUUCUUCUGUAUGUGCCGAUUAUCUCUUUUCACUCUGUUCUUUAUUUUAAUAAAUAACAUUCUAUUAAUAAGUCAACUGUGUUCAGGGGGCUGGGAUCAUUUUAAUCACCUUCUUUGUGUUAUUUGCGAUUCUGUACAAGAUCUUAAUUUUAGUGGCCUUUCGUACUGGGAAUUUUGUGGAAUAAACUGCCUAACUAAUCUGCCUCUCGCUUCAAUCAAACGACCUGGUUUUUCACUGGCUCCAGCGUAUGGACCAUUUUGUGCCAAAAAAGUACACGGCGUAGUCAGACUCAAACUCUUGUGCUUCAUGGACAGUUGGUCCUAUCUAAAAUGCUGUAAAUUUUGGAUGAGACAAGUGAGAGGCUGUGGCAGCUUGUUCCUCUGUUGACUCUGAGGGAACAUAUAUUAUGCCAACCUGGUUUUGAUGCAUCCUGGAUCUGUUUAUAAAAAAGACAGAUAGGAAUGAGUGGGAAUUCGAUUCGUAGAAGUAGAGAAACAGAGGAAUUGAAGAAAGAAAAAGUAAUUACGUCUCCUUUCCUUGAGAUAUUCCUAGGUUAUCUUUUUGCUCCUGUCAAUUAGUUUUUUCAUCGCUUGUUCUUUCCUGUCUUAUUUUGAUCUUUGGCUUGUAAUUCUUCUUUGGUCACCUUUUUUAAUUCUUCUUUGGUCACUUUUUUCUCUUUCUUUCAUUGUUGAGUUAGUUAUCUCUAGUUGGAAUGGAACCAGAUCAUGAUAUGAUAUUUGCUAUAAAUAACACCAAAUACCAACUAUCGACUUUGUUUUGACGUUUGUGGAUUUUUCCCUGAAAGAAAUGCAUCUACAAAGCUUUAAUGUUGCCAACUGCCCAUAGUUUUUUCUAUUUCCCUUACUGUGCUGAUGGGGUAGCAUUUUUGUAACUUUAACCUUAUGAAGGCUUAUCAUCCGCGUUUUAAAUUAUUUAAGGUGAUGGAUGGUAUAUUUGCCCAUACUGCCAUUCGAAGCGAAGAUAGACAAAAAAUUCUCUAAUUUUGGUGUAUGCAUUCUAACAUGAUGUUGUCUUUUUGACGAAUUGAUGUUUACUGGUUUAGUAAGGACCCAUCUUUUACUAAUUGGGUGAAUUGGUAUGCUUUAGGCAGAUGAAAACAAGGUGUCUGAGAGAACUGUCUCUGAUGAGAUACAACAGGUAUGCCAUGUGCUCCAUGGUGAUUUAUAUUGACCUUGGAAUGUAUUAAUUGAUAUUUGUUCAUCAACUGCUGCUGCUUGCUUACCAGGGCUUGGGAAAGCUGGAGUCAGAAGUUGCUUCUCGUAAGGUUAAUGUUGUGGCUGACAAGUCGCCGACAUCUUUAGCGAUCAAUGGGACAGUUCAGGCCGUGGAUGAAAUUCCAUUGGUGGAACUGACUUCGCCAAACAAGAAGAGUGAACGUUCUCGUCGUGGCACUAACUCUGAAAGGACACAAGCUGCUAGAUCAGAGGCAGAUAAUAUUGAGGCUGGAUUGAAUCACAGUGCAAAGAGAGUGAGAGGUCGCCGAAGUAGUGAAAAAGAGGCUGUCGGAUUGCCCGGUCGGAGGAGAGGUCGUGGCCGGGGAACUAAUAGAUUACAGUCUGAGAAACUUUCCCAGGAGGAAGCAGAAGCUAAUAAACGAGAAAAAAGUGAAAAAAGGAUUGGGCGUCAUGCCUCCUCAGAAAGGUCUGCUGAUAAUAGUGCAUCUGUUGUCACACCUACUGGUGUUGGUUCAGCUCGUCCCAAGAGAGGCCGUUCUUCAGGGUACAGGGGCUCAGUCAAGAGGAGGGGAAUGAACGUGGGAGAUGAUGUGCCUGUUAAUGGGAACUCUAGAAAUGAAACAACACCUUCUAUUGAUAUUGUCACGGAGAAGCAGAUUGAGGAUGUUAGCGAUUCAGAAAAGAAACCGCUCAGACAUUUGGCAAAAAAGCUUCUUGAGAAUGCGGAAGAUAGCAGAGGAUCAUACAAAAAAUUUCGAUCUAAGAUGGACAGGGAUUUACUGACUGAUUCUGAAGGGAAACAACGUAAAAGACCUGGCAGAAAGCCGAAAAGUGCUGGUGAGGGCGAAACUUCUGAAAAAUCUCACUCGUCCAAAAGCAGACUGCUAAAGGGUGGAGUCUCUUCAGAUGACAAUGGUUUUAGUGAGCAAAAUCUCAAGGUAUUUUCUUAAAUAUAAUAAAUUAAUUUAUCUGUUUGACGACGUUGAUUUUCCUUCACGACUGAACUGUUUGAAAUACUAAUCAUAAUUUCUUUUCAGGGACCACUUUCUUCACCUAGGGCGACUGCUAAAGCUAACAGAGAUCUAUCUCUUUCCGAGGAGAGCCUUCCAAAAAAACGUAGGAAAAAGCGUACUCGUGAAGAGGUAUCCGUUCUUUUUAAUUACUUUUUUAUUUUUUAUGAUUUUUUACAUCUAUAAUUUACUGACGCAUACUUUGGCAGAUUUUAUCUGUUCAUUGCAUUUUUUGAUUACGUUUCAGUAGAUCCGUGGUUUGUUCCACGUAACAGUUUGUUGUCUAUGUGGUGAACUUCCUCCAUGUUUAGUGAUAAGAUAUGAUUUACUGUUUUUGUACUCUUCUGUUCUCUGUGGCUUGUUAUGCUUGAAUGAGCGAUACAUAUGUCUGAUUGAUUGUGGCCUUUAUGUGAUUCCAUUUUUUGUCUGAGUUGCUUGAAUUAGAUCCAACUACGCUUAGAAAUAGAAGAUAAUGAAACUUUUCUAUUGCGUUAUUUUUUAUUAUUAUUAUUGGUUUGCUAUUAGGGGGGGGUUGCCUAUUUCCUUUGACUUUCUUUGGCCUAGAUGAAAGUUCUAUCAUGUGGGAAGGGUCACCAGAAUGUUGAAAGCGCGAGAUGUUUAGGUCCUCUCCAUCUUAUCAUGAAAAUCUAGUGAUAAAAUGACCUUUUUCCCUUUCCACCGAGCGAUUAUUAUGCUUGCCCAGGCAUCAGGCCCUGUAACAUCUCUGUGUCUGGAAUCGUUCAUUUUUUUCGGUUUCAUGCUCAUGGUUUUGUGGGUAGGAAUAAAAUUUUAGGAUCUGGCUUGCAGCGAAUGGGUUCAAUUUUUUUUUUUUACUGCAGGUGAUUUAUUGUGCACGUUAGAAUACAUGGAUGUGUAUUUUUUGCAUUAAUUCUCAUAAUUAUAUUGUGCACGCUAGAUCUCAAGUUUUCUGAUUUAUUGAGCAUUGCCUUACAGAUCUCUGAGAACCUUCAUGAUGCCAUAAAAUAUGACGAGAGUCUUGUCGGUGUCAAGAUCAAGGUCUGGUGGCCGGACGAUGAAAAGUAAGGCUACUAGUCCUGUUUGAUUUGCUCCAUUUUUAAGUAAAUACUGAUUAUUACCUUACUGCAUUCUUUCUUUUUUCCAUCAAAGUUCUGAACCUCUUCUUUGCUCCAAUUAUUUUGCACAGAAAUGUAAUAAACUCUUAGCAUCGAGCAUGAAAACAUGUUGUGUAUGCUUAAUGAUCAUACCAGGGAGAUCAAUUAGAAGUCAUGAGAAGAGCUUUUUAAUGCCUGGGUUUCUGCUUCUGGUGUUCCUAGUUGAUAAAGUUGAGGCCUUUAGCUUUGUUCUUUGUUUUUUUUUUUUUUUUCGUUCACAAUAAUAGAGAAAGAUUGGAGCACGGCUGCAUGUUUCAAAGAAACGCAUACAUGAAAAUGCCCUUGAGCUGAGGAAUUUUAGGGUUCCUGGGUUUUUUUGGGCUGGUUUUGAAAAUUAAUGGUGCAUCAAUUCUAUACUGGUUCAGAUGAUCUGGGCCUACCUCUUAUCUCAAGCUCAUACAGAUUAUCAUUCUCAGGGCGCCUAUCAGAUCUCAUAUAGCUGAGCUGGUCUUCCUCAGAAGUCUUCUUGUAUGAAUGACUAAAAUGCGACUAGCUCUCACUAGAGCUUUAGAUGUCUUUGAAAUGUUGUGAGGUUGAGGUUGUUUCUAGGGUUUGCAAAAUUGAUUCAUGGAAGCUUGGGAAUAUCUCAUUCCUUAUGGUCUUUGGGCCUAGUGAUUCUUUACUGGUUAUUGCAGAGGAUUAUUCUCCAACAGGGAUCGAGUUGAGCAUCUCAAUUUUCCAACUUUUUCAGCCUUUUUCAGAUUGCAGUAGUUAAAUAGCCGCUGCAAGAUGCAGGGGUUGACCCUUCAUACCUGUGGGAUCUUCUGUUGUUGGCUUUCCUACUCUCUAGGGUCAACCCUUCGUGUCAGUUGGUUUAAUUUUUUGGGCAGGGGUUGACUCUUACAUAAACUUCUUUUUUGUUUUAUGCCCGCACUGGCUUAAGAUUUUCUUCUUAAACCAGUGUUGACUUACCAUGCGUUGACUCUUGUGUCACUUCUGUUCUGGUUCAGAUUUCUGCCCUCAUAGAAAUUUGUUUUCUGUAGACAACAUUUUGGGGUAUCAUAUUUUCUUCCUCUUUUGGUGACUUGUGGCUUGGGAAUAUUAUUUCAACCCAUCUAAAAGGGUCAACGCAUAUUAGUGUAAAAAUUGUGGUAUCGUCAUCGUCAGAAGUAAGCACAUUGGAUUCAGCUUGGCAAACCACGCGCUUGGUGAGCGUGCUGCCAUACACUUUUUUCAACCACUAGGUUGAUCACUUUUGGUAAAAUCAGAUCUCCAAGAAACCGAAUGAACUGCCUUCCCAUGGUCAACGCCCUGCCUACCCCCCCUCUAUAAGUUGUCUACCAGGCUUUCUUUCUCACAGUGCUCCAUCCAUUCCUCCUGUCUGAACCCUCAUUGAUUCCCCUUUCGCAGGUUCUACGCCGGCAUCGUCGAUUCUUACAAUCCCUCCACAAUGAGGCACAAGGUAUUUCUUAUUCUAUUUAUAUACAUAAGAUCGAAAGUCAACUCCUUGGGUCCACGUCAUCGCCACGGAAAGGUCUGAUGUCCCCGCGUGGGCCCUCCCUCCCUCCAGGUGUUGUACAACGAUGGUGACGAAGAGGAUCUCUUCCUCAAGAAGGAGGUUCUGAAGUUCCGUAAAGGAACGAAGGUGAUUUUUCUGUGCCCCCCAAAUUAAUUUUUUCUGACAAUUAAUAUCCUUUAUUUCCUCUUUUUCUGAUGAUUUUUUGGCGCCGUCACAGCUGACGAUGAUCGGAGAGAAAGGCGGCGCUGCAACCCCGGAGAGUGCUUCUGAAACGUACGCCGCCCGCCAUGACGGUUUUCUCUUUUAUCAUCUGCCACGUGUCCGUUUAUCCCUCAUUAGUUGACUUUCUAUUCCAGGGUUUUUUUCCCUAUAAACGGUGCUGUCAUAGAACCGAUUUUUGAACCAUUUUGGAUAUUAGAACUCUAUUUUUUUCAUUUUCUGAGAAAUUAUCGCGCCCAUUUGGUUUCAAUCAGGGCGCAGAAGAAGAGGAGGAGAUCUGAAUCAUCCGGCAGAAUGUCAAAGUUGAAUGCAUCCCCGAGGAGGUGGGAUUGACCCCUAGAAAGAAGAGCUCAUCGCCGGCUUGCGUUCCUCUGACUGCAAGUGGGUUCUCUCUUCUUGCAGCGUUGACAAGGGGAAACCCGGCAGGAGACGUAGAGUGGACGGCUCCGGGUCAACUACUGGCGGCGGCCGACGGCGGGGGCGUUCUAAGUCCGGCGAGGGAACCGCCACUGGAGGGAGCACGUCUAGAGAGAGAAAGAGCAGGGAUUCCGGCGGCCAGGUGUCGAAGAGGCUCAGGUCGGGAGGGGCUUCGGCCGGCACAAGUUCCGGCGGCCGACGGCUCGGCCGGAGACCAAAGGAUCUGGCGGCGGCGGAGGAUGGCAGUGCCGGCGGGUUCAGCCGGAAGAGAAAGCUCGGCGUGAGGACCCCCUCUUCUGCGGACAGCAGUGACAGCGGUGCACCGAGGAGAUCGAAGGCCGGAGGCAGCAAGGCGGAGAUCAACGGCUCUACAAAGGCGGCCGCCUCUGGAGAUGGUGGCGGUGGGAGGAAGCGCAGGAAGAAAUGAGCGGGUAGGGUUGACCGAGGGUGGUAGAUGAAGUUGUAAUGGUUUUUGUAGAGUUGAGAGAUGAAGAUGGGGGGAAAGGAGAAUUAGUUGGGGAGAAAAUGUGUUGAGAUCUAGUUGGGCUUUCAGUGAUUAGCAUCUUUUGAUUGGAUGGGCCUUCUCCCUCCUCUCUCUCUCUCUCUCUCUCUCGCUCUACAUGUAUCUCUCUCUCUCUCUCUCUCGCUCUCUUUAUACUAUAGGGAGUUGACUUGUGAGAAUUCGGGGGCUUGUACAGCUUCCUCUAGACGUCGGGGUUGGCGGCGGCGAGGGAGAUGGGCAUGAGGCAGAGGCCUCUCGCCUGCAGAAACUUCAUAGCCGCCCCCAAGUCCUCUCCCAUCAGCUCCGCCACCAGCCGCUCCGCCGCCGCCAGGUCUUCUCCGCCGCCUGCCGCCAUCGCCUGCCAGGGCACCUCACUGGUCAACCUUUGUUACGGGCAUCGCCCAAUUCUCUCCAUGGGGAAGAUGAGGGCUCACCUCUGAUGGCGGAGGCGUAUCUGCCGCCGCCGCCGCCGUUCCCAAUCUGCUCAUACUCAUCACCUGCACAAGCCCACAACACCCGUGGCGGAUCUUACUCUACACUCUUUUAAUCAAUUAAUCAAUUAAUUAACCAAAUAAUGAAUUAAUAUGCGCAUACAUUCGCAGUUUUGUGAGUGAAUCUGAGAGGAAGAGAGAGAGAGAGAGUUACCUUGACUUGGAGCUGUAGGAACUUGAUGUAGUCGAUGAUCUCGUCAAGCAUUGACGCCUUGUCCGUCUGUCACACUCCCGAAAACCCAUUAAUUCCUCAGAGUUUUAUUUUUUUAUUUUAUCAUUUUAAAAAAGAGUCAUGAAUCCAGAAAUAAUUUCUAAUUAUGAACGCAAGGAAUAAUGGGUUCUGUAAAUCUUCAGUUUUUUUUUCUUUUUUUGCUUGAGAUGAGAUGAAAACCUGUUGAAAUUAUGGAAAAUAUUCAAGAGGUUCAUGCAUUGAGAUUAUUCUGCAAGAAAACUGGAAAUCAAGUGGAAUAAUGAGGAGACUAUUUCCGCGAUUUUUGGAAAAAAAAAUCAAUCUGUUCUUGGUGUGCUUUAUUGAAAGCUGAGUCUGAAUGAAUUGAGAGCUGGAGAAAGAGAGAGAGAGAGAGAGAGAGAGAGAGGGGGGGGAGGGGGGGGGAUCAGGACCUUGUUGGGGUUCGGGACCAGUUCUUGCAGAGCCUUCAUCCUCUCGGCGAUCCUCUCCCGGCGCAGCUGGGGGACAAGAAGUCAGCGCCAGAGAGAACAUAUGA